GUGAUCACAGUAUAUUCUAAAAUACUACAAAAAUCAACUUUUUUAUGCCAAUGUUUCAAUUUCAAAAUUUAAAAAAUCUGACUAUUCUAAUAGCUAAUAAAAGUAAAUAUUCCUGUUUUACACAUUGUUGAUGGAAGAAAUUGAAAGCAUAAAGUUAACUUUGCUUCAAGGUAGACAAAACUCACUGGUUAUUAUGAAAAGUCUAGACAAUCAAUUCCAAAUUUUAAAAGAAAGGCUCCUUAAAGAUAGAGUAGACGAAAUUGACAAAAAAGUUAAAGACUUAAACAAUGAGACGUUGCAGGAAUGGAUACAGGGCAUGGACGAACUCAAAAAUGAACUUCAAGUCACUCUUGAAAUGGCAGACAACUACCAUGCCCUAUGCCUCAAGAAUUGCGAAAAGGAACUUGAUUUUGAGAUACAAGCGGCUCAAAACGAUUUCGAAAGCUCCAAAGACCUCCUGAUCAAAAACGCUUUGCGCGAAUACCACGUUAAGACGAUCGCCGUCGAGGAAAAGCGUAAAACGCUUAAUAGCAGCAAAAAUUCGAUUAACAAUCCAAAGAAACCUUUCAUUGAGUUCAGAUAUCCGAAAAAACGAAUAAAGCCCACUACCGUCACAGGACCAUAUAUCAUUUAUCAGCUCAACGAAUUCGAUAUACAAGAUGAUCUCUUAGCUAUUAAGAAAGAAGCUCAAGAAUACGCAAAGAAUUCACAAGAAUUAUAUGUGCAACAGAUUAUAGGACUUCCAGUCAUGAAUCGCGAUAUCACAUAAAUAAUUUUUAAACCAAACCAGAAUAGAUAAAAUAUUUACAUAAAUAUAUAAAAAAAAUAAAUAUUAUAAUUUUAUUAUUCUGUACUAUAAAAAUAAUUAAAUUAUUAUUAUAUUUAUUGUUUACAUA